AUGAGUAUUUUUAAAUCAUCAAUUCCAACAUUGAGAGCAACAUUGAGAACAACAUUGAUAAAACAAUCAUCACCAAUUUUAAGUUCAAUUACUACACGUUCAUUAUCAAGAUCAUUAAUAUCAGAAAAUAAUAGAAUAAUAACAAAAACAACUUUAUCAAAUAAUGUUAAAAAUUUCAAUGGUUUAAGAUUUUAUUCAGUAUUAACUGAAUCACCAGAGGCAAAAAUUUAUAAAUAUGAUGAUGUUAAAGAUCUUGCUGCUCAUCCAGAUAAACAUCCAGAUUCAAUUUUAGUAGAUGUUAGAGAACCAGUAGAAUUUAGUGAUGGACAUAUACCUAAUGCUAUAAAUAUUCCAUUUAAAAGUAGUCCAGGUGCUUUAGAUUUACCGGAAGAAGAUUUUCAAGAAAUUUUUGGUUUUGAUAAACCUGCAAAUGAUAAAGAAUUGGUAUUUUAUUGUCUUGGAGGUGUUAGAUCAACUGCUGCUGAAGAAUUAGCAAGUACUUUUGGUUAUAAAAAAAGAGGUAAUUAUGUUGGAAGUUAUGAAGAUUGGGUAUCUCAUGAAAAUAAAACAAAAACCAAUUAA